CUUGCAAAAGGGAGAGGUAGAUACCCCUCUCAGGGUUAAAGAAGGGGACUCUCCCUUCCUAGAGUGGCACCAAAGAAUAUAAAGCCUUGGCACGCCUACUUCCUGUCCCCCCCUUGCCCUCUCCCGCAAUUCAUUCUCCCCAAAAGCAGCCUGGCAGUCUCAUCCCAGUUGCAGCCACUCCAGUUGCAGUCUCCCGCUUCUCUUUUCCAGGGAUCCGGUCUGAAGUUUUAGCAUUCAGAAGGAGGAUUCAUCAGGCAGGAGAGGAGGCAUUAUAGUGGGCUGUGUUUGUCAGCUUGCUGUCCCUGCAAUGCCAAGAGCCUGGCAUUUGCCUACAGAUGUGGCAUGAGAGAUGAUUCCUCCACAACCCAGUGCCAGGGAGAAGCCCCAGUCAAGAGUGUGGUUCAACCAGUCCCUUUUGUGGAAAAAAAAAUCUCCUUGGGGAGCAAAACAGAUUGAGAGCUAAGCUACCCAUCAAGUGUAUGAUAUGAAUUGCUGUGGAUUUUCUCACAUCCACAUAGACACUAAAUUAGCUUCACUUUCUUGCGCAAAUUUGUAUUUAUUUGCCUUCCCUCUGAUGAAAAUGGGCAGCCACCUGAAUUCAUGCAAAACAGAUGGAUGGCCACACGUUCCAUAAUGCACAUCCUUGUGGAUACUCUGGUAAAAACCAAGAAUCCUUUCCCAGCAGAAUUGAUGAUUUUUUGUGUGUGUGCUCCUCCCCUCCACAAAAUGCUUGAAUGAAUCGCAUGUGAUCAGAUCACAUUCUAUUCAAAUUCUUUGAGGAGUAUUUUAACCAUGUAGACAAAACCUGUGACAGAGGUACUUGUGGCCAAUGUUAGAUGUGCUUCCUGUCCACAACCACCAUUCCUCCUGCCCCUGGCAUAAGAACGAAGUUGACAACAGCACAAGGAGUUCCUCUGGUUACUGCUGGAGACUGAGCUCACGCAGCAAUCAAAGAUGGAAGCCCCAGUUGCUGAUACUCCUGGACAAGGAAGGGAAGGCUUCAGAACCACUGAAAUGAGGCCUCCUUGGACACUCUGGGUACAGCAACUCUGGGGCAAGGAAACCAGCAGCUCAGAGGUCCAGCGUCAGCACUUCAGGGGGUUCAGCUACCAAGAUGGCAACAGGCCCCGGGAGGUUUCCACUCAACUCCACCACCUUUGCUGUCAGUGGCUGAAGCUUGAGAGACACACCAAGGCUCAGAUGCUGGAUCUAGUGAUCCUGGAGCAGUUCCUGGCCAUCCUUCCCCCAGAGAUGGAGAGCUGGGUUCGAGAGUGUGGAGCAGAGACCAGUUCCCAGGCAGUGGCUCUGGUGGAGGGUUUCCUUCUGAGCCAGGCGGAGGAUAAGAAGCAGGGAGAGAGGCAGGUGACUGGAGUUCUACACAAAGAGGCAAUUUCAUUUCCUGAGGCAAGGAAAGCUUCACCGGACAUCAGAGAGAAUAUACCCUUCAGGUGGAUGAUGCAAGAGAGCAAUGGAGCUGCCACCUCAUUUGGUAAUGGAAUGACCUUGCAGCUUCAUUCAAGGCCUCCUCAUGUGGAAAGGAAUGCCUUCCAACCAGAUUCAGUUAAGGAUUCAGUAACCUUUGAACAGGUGGCAGUGUAUUUCACACAGGAGGAGUGGGCUCUGCUGGACCCAGGCCAGAAGGCUUUGCACAGGGAAGUCAUGGAAGAGAAUUUGGGGAAUCUGGCUUUUUUAGGUGAUGGACAGAAGAGUGAUAAAACGGACAAACACCACAAAAGGAAAACAGAAGCAAAACAAAAGUGGAAAAGGAAAUAUCUGGUACUUGAAGGUGUUGACUUCCAUAAAACCACAAUGCUAGAAGAGACUUGCACAAGAAAUAAAAGGAAAAAAUCUUUGCAGGUUGCAAAUAGCUUAACAAAGACAUCAAAGCUUAGCAUACCUAAAAUAAUGUGCAAAGUAAAGACACCAUUUAAAUGCUCUGAGUGUGGAAGGAGCUUCAGUUGGAGGAUACAUCUUACUGUACACCAAAGAGCCCACAUAGGAAGGAAACCAUUUAAAUGCUUGCAGUGUGGGAAAUGCUUUGGAAGAAGUGGCAGUCUUGUUGCUCAUCAAAGAACCCACACAGGGGAAAAGCCAUAUAAAUGCCCAGAAUGUGGAAAGAAUUUCAGCAGGAGUAGUAAACUCAUGUACCAUCAGAGAAUCCAUACGGGCGAAAAACCAUUUAAAUGCUCAGAGUGUGGAAAGAGUUUCCGUCAGAGAAGUAGCCUUACUUAUCAUCAAAGAACCCAUGCUGGUGAAAAACCCUUUAAAUGUCCAGAGUGUGGAAAGAGCUUCCGUUCUAAUGAAUAUCUUACCUUACAUCAAAGAAUCCACACUGGGGAGAAACCAUAUACAUGCUCAGACUGUGGAAAGAGCUUCAGUCAUAGGAGCAGCUUUACUUACCAUAAAAGGAACCAUGCUGGUGAAAAACCAUAUAAAUGCUCCUCAUGUGGAAAGAAUUUCAGUCAGAGCAGUGCUCUUAAUGAUCAUCAAAGAACGCACACAGGAGAGAAACCCUACAAAUGCUCAGAAUGUGGGAAGAGUUAUAGCCAGAGUGGUAGCCUUACUAAACAUCAAAGAACUCACACAGGAGAGAAGCCAUAUAAAUGCCAAGAAUGUGCAAAGUGCUUCACUGAGAAGAGUAAGCUAACUUCCCAUCAAAAAACCCACACAGGUGAAAGACCAUUUAACUGUCCAGAAUGCGGAAAGCGUUUCAGUCAGAAAAGCAGCCUUACCUAUCACCAAAGAACACACGCAGGUGAAAAACCAUUUAAGUGUCCAGAGUGUGGGAAAAAUUUCCGUUCUAGCAAACAUCUUGCUUUGCACCACAGGAUCCACACUGGGGAAAAACCAUACACAUGUUUAGAUUGUGGGAAAAGUUUCAGCCACAGGAGUAGCUUUACUUAUCACAAAAGAAAACAUACUGGUGAAAAACCAUAUAAAUGCUCAGAGUGUGGAAAGAGCUUUAUUCAGAGCAGUAUACUUACUGAUCAUCAAAAAAACCCACAAAAGAAAGAGAUCUUAUAAAUAUUCCCUGUGGAAACCACUUGAAUUCUAGGAAAUAAUUUGCUUUACAUCAUUGGAUUGAGACAUAAGAAAAACCAUUUAAAAUGUUUAUGAGACUGAAGUGAUCCCUUCAGAAGGUGGGAACAUGGAACUAGAUUUCUAUGUUUAAAUGAUCAGAGUAUGGAAAAUCUUCUGUUUAAAGCAAUCACCCUAUCAUCAUGAGAGAAAUCUCAAAGGAGAGAAAUUAUGACUGGCAUUGUAUUAAUGAGUUGAGCAGCUGUAAGUCCAAUUCAUGUCUGCAUAAGUCACUUUUAUAUGAGUUAAGGUACAAUGCUUAAAUUGACCUGUGGAUAAGUCAACCCAGGUUUUUGGGGUUGAUUGUUUGACUAAACUUUCUAGAUUUCUACGUGAAUAUCUACAGUAGAUUCAUAUCAAUGCAGUCAUCAGCCAAUGCCCUAGAAUUUUCUCAGUACCUUGGAUAGCUAUUUAAAUGUCUGCUACCUUACUGCUUUGAACACACUGAUCUUUGAUUUUAGAAGCUAAGCAAGGCUGAUCUUGAUCAAUAUAUAGAUGAGACACCACUAGGCAAUGUCAGGAAUUUCCAGAUAAGACCAGGAAAGAGUCCCGCUUGAAACCCUGUGCACCUCUGCUAUGUUCACAGUACGUUGGCUGCAUCCGCAUUGCAGACGUAGUGCAGUUUGACAUCACUUUAACUGCCAUGGCU